AUGGAAAAUCUCAACGGCGACAAGAACACUGCAGUGCCGAUGAUAACGAAAGACGUUGAGAAGGUCUCAACGCCCGCCCCUGGUGUUGGGAAGGUCUUGAUCAGAGAGGACACGGUGCUGACCGUGCCAGGCUGUACUAGCUGCGGGAGAGGCCAGUUCACGUGUUCCGGAGUCCAGAAACAAUGGUCGGCCCUCUGCUGGGGACAGCAGUCCGACAAAAAAUAUUACACGCUGCUAGUCGUUCUGUCGACAACCUUCGUUCUGAGUUUGAUCGGGACGAUAUUCUCGUGCUUCACAAAUACAAUCAACGAUGCUAUCUUAUCUAACAUGAUAAUCCGGAACAACUCAAUGGCUUUUUCGUUGUGGGAGCAUCCGACCGUCGAGCCACUGAUGAAGGUAUACCUCUUCAACUACACGAACUGGGAGCGAGUGAGGGAUGGCGAUGAAAAGAAGCUACACGUCGAAGAAGUAGGACCAUAUGUUUAUUCCCAAGAGUUAGAUAGGGUUAACGUUGAAUUCGAUGGCGACCAGCUGAGCUUCCAGGAGCUAAACAAUUUCCGUUACAUUCCUGAGAAGACGAACGGCGCGUAUUACGACCAAGUUUUCGUACCGAACCUCCCGCUACUGGGCGUGGUCUCAAUGUCGGUGGGCAUGAAUCUAAGCCCAUUCGCCCAAAUGUCAUUGAAUUCCGCCUUCGACUGGGCGAAUCACCCCGACCCAUUCGCCAAGCUACCCGUGCACAGGUUUCUGUGGGGAUAUGACGACAGCAUCAUAAACAUAGCGAUUCCAUUCCUCUCCUUCAUCAACCAGUGGAAAUUCAAGGAGUUCGGACUACUGGCCGGUAAAAACAGAACACUGUCUGACCGCUACACAAUCAAUACUGGCGAAAAGAAUAUAGAUCGGAUGAAUAUCAUCGAAAAGUUUGAUGGAAGAGACCAUUUAACUUAUUGGGGUAGCCCUGAGUGUAACAGCUUAGAAGCGACAGACGGCUCUAUCUUCCCUCCGUCGCAACUGGACAAGAAUAAGACUCUAUACGUAUUUUAUCCUCAACUUUGCCGACGAUUGCCGUUCAGAUUUGAGAAGGAAGUUGAGACGUAUGGCGUUAAAUUAUUACGCUACAAGAUGCCGGUGAAUGUUUUCGAUGACGCCAAACACAAUCCGGCCAACCAGUGCUACUGUGAGAUCGAUACAGCGACGUGCCCCCCGAAAGGAGUCAUAAACGUUACCGACUGUACUAUGGGAGCUCCAGCGUUGGUGUCAUUUCCUCACUUCAACCUAGGAGACCCUUUCCUGUUAGACCGGAUCAGUGGUCUCCAUCCAGAUCCAUUGAAACAUAUCAGCUAUCUGGACAUACACCCAACACUUGGCAUUGCACUGAAAGGGAAAAGCAGUCUUCAACUGAACAUCCAAGUGAGGAAGACGAACUAUUUCUCCAAUUUACACUUCCUGGAUCAAGGACUUAUACUGCCCAUCGCUUGGAUCGAAAUGGGCGUCGAUGAACUCCCCGAGAGUCUGCAAGCGUUGGUCUACCACGGAACUUUCUCGACUGCGGCGGCCCAGCUCGGUCUAUCCGUCAUCUGUAUACUGACAUUAAUAAUAUCUAGCCUAUGUCUGUGCCUGACUAUCGUGGGUAGAAGAAAGAAGCCUUGCGUCACCCUCAAAAAAACGCCCGCAGAAAUAACAAAGAACCAAGAUAGCUCUUGAACUGUGGUAGCGUCUGCAUUUAUACUAUGCGCUUUAUACGGGAGAAAACUUUUGAAUUGAAGAUGGAAUUACUUAAAAAUGGAACAACACAGGAAUAUUUACCAUUAAUUUAUAAGAAUGACGGACUGUUUUGUUUAGUAUGUAGCUUCAAGUUGGAUUGCGUUUAGUUGUGUGCAGAAUUUUCAGGUUUCCGUGGCUCGUUGAAGGCAGAUAACGCGGAUUAACUUCUAAAUACUUUUUAACAGAAUGAAUUAAGGCCAUUCACAAAGUAUAAUUAAAAAAAUAUUCAAUUAAUGACGUAAUAAAAAGCACGUUUAAAAGUUAUAAUAAAAACAUUGACUUCAAAAGACCCAGCGAUUGACACUACUUCGUCAGUCUAUCUGGUAAUUGGCCAUCCCACACUGCCAUUGCCAGUACGUGGUCUCCACUCAUGAAUCUUUCUGUCCUACCGGCCGUCCGAUCUUCGCGCUAUGAGGCCUGCCCACUUACAGUUCAGCCUAGUACCUAAUCCUACGGGCUAUGUCAGCAAAUUUGAUUCAUCUACGGAUCUCCUCAUUUCUGUUUGAUUUUUAUUUAAUUUUAUUUCUCAAGGUGGCAUAUUCAUAUUUUUUCGUUUAAUAUAAUAUUUAAAACAUGUUCUUCGAAUUAUAACAUUAGAAACUACAUAAAAUUCAGUUUCUGAACGUGAAAAUGUCAGCGAGUGACGUCCGCCAUGACACCAAUUUCUUUUUCAAAUCUAGCCGCCCAGAGCAACGCAUCAAUUUUAUAUUUCUCCUAAAUUAAGUCUUUAAUUUGUCAUUUAUAGGUACAAUAAAUAUCUCAAAACAAUGAAUACAGUCCACACUCAAUUACCACACCGCAAAAAUAUACGAUUAGUGUUAACUUAACAGAUGCUUGUAUGGGAACAGUAACCAGAAUAUACGGUGGGCAAACUAUAUUCACCACAAAAGACAUGCGUUUAAAGGGUGGGACAGUCGUUUUAAUACAAUUAAUUUUGUUGAUAUCCUGCUGUAUCAAGACGAUAUUUACAUUGUGAUAUCUUUAUCGUCUGCGUGUGUAAGGUUAGAACAAAUUUUUGUUUAAAAAAAUUAAAGAAAAAGUUCUGCCGUGAGCGAAAUACCAGUUUGCAUAGUGCGAGUUUUUAACGGUCUCGAUAUCGUAAAAGUUAACUCAAAUUUGUAUGGAGUUGGAACCUUUGCCUACGCUUGCCGUUACGGCCGUUGUUCCGACUGCAUACAAAUUUGAGUUAACUUUUACUCUAUCGAAUCCGUUAAAAAACUCGCAAUAAGCACACGGAUAACUCUUAAUUUAGCUAUUUUUAUAAUUAUUAGGAAACUCUGUAAAGUAGUUGAAUGUAAACCAUUUUAAGGAGACUUUUUGGCGGGAACGCGGGGAGUGAAGUUGUGUGUUUUGUUUUAUUUUCUCUAUUUAGUGUUUC